GGUGCCGCGGCCCGCAUGGAGCCCCCGGCGGAGAGCGGCGGCGAAAUGGCGGCGGCGCUGGGGGCCGCCAAGCGGGCGCUGCGAGCGGAGCUGCGGCACAGACUGCGGGCCCUGGGCGCGGCGGAGAAGCAGCGGCAGUCCCGGCUGCUGAGUCGCAAGGUGAUUGGGCAUUCCAAGUACCAAGAAUCCAAAAGAAUUGCAAUUUUUCUGAGCAUGCCAGAUGAAAUCCAGACAGAAGAAAUCAUCAAGGACAUUUUUAAGCAAGGCAAAGAGUGUUUCAUCCCACGUUACAAACCUCACAGCAAUCACAUGGACAUGCUGAAGUUGUCAUCAGCUGAAGACAUGGCUUCACUCACUUUGACAUCCUGGAAUAUUCUUCAGCCUAGUGAUGGUGACAGCACAAGAGAGGAAGCUCUUGCUGGCGGCGGUCUUGACCUUAUCUUCAUGCCAGGCCUAGGGUUUGACAAAAAAGGCAACAGAUUGGGAAGAGGGAAAGGAUAUUAUGAUACCUAUCUUGGAAGAUGUAUGAAACAUCCCAGUGGAAAGCCUUACACGAUUGCCUUGGCAUUUAGGGAACAGAUCUGUGAAUCUGUACCUGUGACAGAAAAUGAUGUCCAAGUAGAUGAAAUCCUUUAUGAAGACUGCUAGAAGUGCCUUGGUACCAUCCUGCCUUCAGAGUGACCAACCAAAGACUACAUGUCCAUCAGUCAGAACUUUGCUAAUAGUCAUAUGUGAUGCUGGGGGCAUAUUUGCCUCUGAGCUGCAAGAACAACAACAACAACAAAAUACAACGAUGUAAAUGUGGUAACGGUAAUGCAAAUUGCAUUGAUUUGUUUCUAAUUAAUGAAUACCUGUAGUGAAUUCUUAUUCUAGAACCGAUAGAAAUAAGAGUAUGUGACUCUUUAGUAACUAGGAGUCAUUUCUUGUCAUCAUACUUGUGAGGAACAAGCUACGUGGCACUCACAGUUUUAUUAUUCCAGUUUCCAAGUGAACUGCCUGCUGCUGUAGAGAAGACCUACAGCAAGCUGGGCUGAAAAAGGUGAUUCCAAAAAAGUCUGAGCUGAUUUUUCUGUAUUCAAAUAACACUGGUUGUUUGCUUGGCUCUUUAGAGUGGUCUCACAAUAAAAGGAGUAUCUGCUAAUAACAAAA